UGCACGAGAAUCCACAGUCUUUUUUAUCAAUCCGUCCCGUUUACAUCAAAAAUGUACGCUAAAGUGUUAAUUUUGGCAGCUGCUGUCAUCGCGGUGACAGCGAGAGACGAUUUAGGAGUCAGAUACGCCAUGAGGAUAUACGAGGACUGUCAACGGAGUGACGGGAUUAUUCCUUGCUUGAAGAAGAAGGCGAUACUGUUCUUCGAUAGAGCAGCGAGAGCAGAGGCGAUUCCUUUGGUGGAUGGAGUAGAAAUUGUGAAGACAUCGGAAUCGGAGGUGACACCGAUCAGUGAGAAUGACAUAGAGUCGAAUUUGCCAAGGAAUUUAGCUGACAAGAAUGAAGCUUUGACAGAUAUGCUGUGGGACAGGAUUGCGUCCUUUGCCAACUCCAGGACGAUCCAACUGUCACUUCCUAAGAUCACAGGACAGGACCUCAAUAAGGGCGUCGAAGAAGGGCGAGGCAAGAUGAAGAAGAUGAUGAGCAUGAUGAUGAUGGGCGGCGCGAUGAAAAUGGCGGCCAUGAUCCCACUGGCCAUCGCUGGGCUGUUCGUGCUUGCAGGAAAGGCUUUAUUGGUCUCCAAGAUCGCGCUCCUCCUAGCCGGUAUCAUGGCUCUUAAGAAGCUCAUGUCAGCCAAGGGCGGCAGCAGCGGCCAUGAAAGCCACGGCUGGUCCUCCGGAAGCGGUGGCGGUGGCGGUUGGGACCGCAGAACCUACAACGACGUCUCAGAUCUGGCUUACUCCGCUUACAAGAAAGACUAAGCUGAAUAAGCUAGGCUAUAAUAAGCUUAUUAUUACAAACUAGCCUAUACAAGCGAAGCGAGCUAAUUGGACUUAUUUCUAAGUGAUAGUAAGUUUAAUUUAGCUUUUCCAGCUUUUUGAAGCUGAAAAA